GGUCAGAUACGGUACUUUUGAGCAGUUUCUAUAAUAGUAAGAGGGUCGUGGUAAUAACGGGCUGUCUUCAUGAAUGAUGCAUAAUAACUGUGGGUAGGUCUAAUUAUUCCCAGUCAAGCACGACUGCGCAGUUCGUGGUUCUUGCGGUGCCUGCGCAGUUUUAAGGUGAGUGCGUAAAAGUGGACCCUUCCACCUCGGACCAGAGUUCGACCACAGUCACAUCUCAUCACCAUCUCGAGACGCUGACGACAGAUAACGGUUCGGAAGAUCACCCAAGAACCUAGACGAUGGAAGAAGGUGGCGCAAAGGUAGAGCGAUCUGACAGCACAGUGAAUUUAACUAUUCCUCGGCCGCGCUCUCAAGAAGCGGGCCGUAUGAUAAUGGUCCUGGUGGCUGUCUGCGCCGUGAUUGCGAUUAUCGCGGUGAUCAUUGCAGCAGUUGCGGUCUCUCGGCCGUCUUCGCCCAAUAUCACAAUCCAGCGCGACAAGACGUCUGGGGGCAGCACCUCUUCACAGACCUCGGGCGGCUCUUCUGGCUCUCUAUCUGGCUCUGGCCGUGCGACGAACUACGCAGGCCAAAGAAUCUACACCAUAGCCAUCGGCCACGACUACGGUGCUCAUGAGUACAUUGACACCAGCGGGUAUUUGGCGGGUUUCAGCCACGACGUUAUAGACGCAGUUUGCACCGAGGCCGGCUUAGACUGCCGCACUGUAUGGGACAAGUACAUCAAUUGCUGGGAUUCCACCCCAGGACAACCCUCACACGGCGGCCAGGGUACGUGA